AGCACGACAGCAGCCAGGAGGACAGUGGGUGCCGUUUUGACAGCUGCAGACACGAUGGAGGCCGGCGAGUCAGUAGUCCACAGGUAGAAGAACAGAGCUGUGGACAAAAAGAAAGGCAAGAGAGAGAAGAGCAGGGCACAGGACUGAGAGGGAGGCAGGAGUAGAGAGAGAAGGAGAGAGAGAGGGAGACAUGUUACAACUGAAAAGACACUUAAGUAAGUUAAUGUCUAGAGACUGUGAGAAAGAGUAAAUAGUUUCUGUGGUACCGUAUUUCUCCUCUGCCGCCUGUCGUAGGCUGCUGUCUCAAGGAUGUCCAUCUUCUCAGAGGUCAGCACUGACGUGGGCUCUCAGACCAUCAAGUGAACAAUCGUGGGCCGGUGGCUGUGCUUCAGACUGAGAGACUCAGGAGCUCUGGAGGCGUGUAGGAUUAUUAGGACAUGGAAACCAGCGGCUCUUUGCUGAGGAUUGGAGUUGUAGGAUUUGGACAUUUAGGGAAGUACUUGGUGGAGAGGAUCCUUAAAGAUGGAGCAGCUGUGGGUUUGACUCUGGCUUUUGUCUGGAACAGAAACUCUGACAAACUCAAAGGAUUAGUCCCCGAUGAACUCAUACUUGGCGAUCUAUCGUGUUUCGCAGACAGGCCAUGUGAUGUGAUUGUAGAAGUGUGCCAUCCUCAGAUAGUGAAAGAAUUCGGACUCCACUUCCUGUCUCAGUCUCAUUUCAUGGUGGGCUCUCCCUCGGCCCUCGCUGAUCCUGAUCUGAACGCGAGGCUGCGUCAGGCGGCUCAGCAGUAUGGCAGAACACUCUACGUCCCCAGUGGUGCAUUGUGGGGAGGCCAGGACAUCCAGAGGCUGAGUGACAGUGGAGCCUUGAAGGCGUUGUUUAUAAGAAUGUCCAAGCAUCCGUCCUGCUUCCGGCUGACAGGGGACGUCCUCUCUGAUUGGACGGAGGGAGAGGGCAGGCGGGUUUUGUUCAGUGGCUCAGUGGCAGACCUGUGCCCACUGGCUCCUAACAAUGUGAACACCAUGGCGGCAGCAGCGGUGGCAGCAGCAUCACUGGGCUUCACAGGGGUUCAGGGAGAGAUUGUGUCUGACACAGCGUUGAGUGACUACCACGUGGUGGAGGUGGAGGUGACGGGGCCAAAUGGCUUCUCAGUGCACACAGUGAGGAGAAAUCCAGCCAGACUCGGGGCUGUCACUGGCAGCGCAACAUACAACUCAUUCUGGAGCAGUUUACUUGCUUGCAAAGGUCACGGGGGCCGAGUUUACUUGUGCUGAAGCAGAGGACGACUCCGGUUGAUCGUCAGCAGCAGGAGGAUCCACUGGGAAACCUGUGAUAGUGAAUCACUGGAUCAAUACGUUACUAAAGAACUUGAUAUUUUGUGUUCCAAUAAACUGUUAGCACACAAAGACAGAGCCAGUUAUCAUAUGUAAAACACCAACAGGUAUAUACAGAGCACACACACAUAUAUAUAUUCAAACUUUAUUAGAAGUUCAUCUGGUGCAUGUUGUGAAUGAUAAAACUGUUACAGGAAGUGCGGGUGUAUAUGCUGGUAAAACUAUUUUCCUUCUUCCUUAACAAACAGUGAAUACGUACUCAAGCUCCUCCAGUCGUCUCAUGUCCCUCACAUGAGAAACAUGGCUGCCACCACAGGACACAGUUUUACUCUUCUCUUUUCCUUUCACAAAUAAAUACGUUCGGAAACAGGCAAACCCAGGAGUAUCCACCCCCCACAAAAAGCACACACACACACACAGACAUACACAGGAGUGUGAGGUCGGUCAUCGAUGAUCGUCACUGAAAGGCUGUGAUAAAAUAAGGCACGGAAACAAAAUGAAAACACACAGACACACACAACACUAUUCGUACAAUGUUGCGUUUGUGUGCUUUUUCCAUUAUGUUUCCAUUCUGGGAGGUCUUGUGGUAAACAAGGCAUUACAAAGACAGAACAAUA